CUCUGCUAUGCAGAGCCAUACAAAGCAGUGUGCACCAGUGAAACAUUACAAGGUAAGCACAAAACAGCACACAGUUAACCCUUUGAUCCCCCCAGAUGUUAACCCCUUCCUGCCCAGUGUCAUUAGUACAGUGUCAGUGCUUUUUAUUAGCACUGAUCACUGUAUUAUUGUCACUGGAGAUGUCAGUGGCAGUUAGUCAGUUCCCACCCAAUGUCAGUUAGUGUCAGAAUGCCCACUGCAGUCCCACCAUAAGUCACCGAAUACUGCCAGUACUAGUAUAAAUGAAAUACAUAAAAAUUC